AGUAAAGUUGUCUCCGCGCGUGGAUUUCAGACGCGCUAGCAUUUGUUGUUGACUUGUGUGUAUUUUCGUCUUCUCUCUCUUCUUCACUCGACCCCCUCUCGAUUUCUGAUCGCCGAUCUCCGUCUUUGAUUCUCCGUUUACCGGCGAGGCUUUGUUUCCCUCAGAUUUGUGUAGAGAUGAAGAAAAAAAUGGAUGUGUUCGAUUUCAAAGAAGACGACGAGGUCGCUGAAUCCGCAGCUGGAAAGUUGUUGGCAAAAUACUCAAACCCUAGUCCGUACAUCCGAAGCUUCGUCUGCAAUGAAAAACGUGUUCAGAAACAAGAACCUGAAGGCCCAAGUUGUUCAGAGCCUGCUACUGAUGUAGACGAUCAUCAUUGUGAAGAUGCUCCGACUUUGAUUUCAGAAGGUGAGGAUCCCAGUACGAGUCUCACAUUUGGUUUGGAAACAAGUGACCAUUUGAAAGAAGGAGGUGCAGAGUACGUCGAUCAUGGUUUGAUGUUUGGUUUGGAUACUGAAGACGUUGCAAAAGAAACAGAUGUUGAUCACGAUAAUCACGAGAUGAUGUUUGGUUUGGAUACCGAGGACGACAUAGAAGAAACAGAUGUUGAUCAUGGUUUCUCUUGCCAGCCAGGGGAUAAAAGUUACUAUGCUGAAACUUCGUCAUAUAAUCAACGCCAAUUGAACUCAUCCCUUUCAGAUUCUGAAUCCAGUCAGGAGGAAAAUGAUAUGGUGUCAGCUAUUGAAAGCUUCAGCGAUCGAUCUGCGUUGAGUGAAACUUCUGAUUCAGAAAGUGAUGAAGGUACAUGCUUCAGCUUUUCAUUAUAUUUCCUCACUGAUAUCUACUUCGAUGUCUCGCCUAUGUCUGACCGGGUAUUGAUUUCAAUGUUAUAUGUGCUGAAAGAUUGGAUGGCGGAACACGGCUUCAGUGAUGUGGAAAAGAUCGACAAAAGCACAGCUGUGAUAAUGACUUCGGAGUAUGUUAUACUUAAAGAUAUGCACUGUGCUACGUCUCUGGUAAUCUUUUCGUGCAAUGGCAUAAAAAUAAAGAGUCACCUCACAAAUAAUGACGAAGGGCCAUUUUCUUGUGAAUUUGGAGUUGAAGACAUAGUUAGUAUUCAAUACAAUUGGUACCAAAAUGUUGGAUUGAUCAUUCUCAGAAUUCAAUUUCUUCUGAAGGAUGAAAAAUGCCAUGAAGAUAUGCAACACACCACAGACAUUGAGGAGUUAAAGAUUGCGGUAAAAGAACACAAUUGGCCUGAGAAGCAACAAAAGAUAAACUCGCUGCAUGUGAAAUACCCGGCUGUGUGGAAUGCUGACUUUGAGGUUGACGUGGAAGUAUCAGGGGAUAACUUGAAUCAACAUAAGCGUUAUUUUCCAAGCUUUGAUGAACCAUUUGAGGAUGUUGUCUAUCCAAAGGGAGACCCAGAUGCUGUUUCCAUCUGCAAAAGAGAUGUUGAGCUCCUGCAGCCAGAGACAUUUGUGAAUGACACGAUCAUCGACUUCUAUAUUAAUUAUCUAAAGAAUCAGAUUCAAGUGGAGGAAAAACAGAGAUUCCAUUUCUUUAACAGCUUUUUCUUCCGGAAACUUGCUGAUCUUGACAAAGAUCCCUCAAGUAUAGCUGAUGGAAAGGCUGCUUUUCUACGUGUCCGUAAGUGGACAAGGAAGGUGGACAUGUUUAGCAAGGACUAUAUUUUUGUGCCCGUGAACUUCAAUCUUCACUGGAGUUUAAUAGUCAUAUGUCACCCUGGUGAAGUGGCUAAUUGUACAGACUUGGAUGACUCCAAAAAAGUACCAUGCAUAUUACAUAUGGAUUCUAUAAAAGGGAGCCAUGCAGGCCUUAAAAAUUUAGUCCAAAGUUACUUGUGCGAGGAAUGGAAGGAGAGGCAUAAAGAGACAUCAGAUGAGAUUUCUUCUAGACUCAUGAAUUUGCGGUUUGUCUCACUUGAGUUGCCACAGCAGGAAAACUCAUUUGACUGUGGCCUCUUUCUGCUGCACUAUCUGGAGCUAUUUCUUGCUGAAGCUCCCCUUAAUUUUAGCCCUUUCAAGAUAUAUAAUGCUUCCAACUUUCUUUAUCUGAACUGGUUUCCUCCUGCCGAGGCUUCCUUGAAGCGUACUCUGAUUCAGAAGUUGAUUUUUGAGCUCCUUGAAAACCGGUCACGGGAAGUUAGAAAUGAACAGAACCAGUCCUGCGAAAGUCCAGAAAGUCCAGUUACCGUCAAUAACAAUACGGAUAUUGAGGUUCUCUCUGAGAGGUGCAGCCCCUUGAUAGACUGUAACGGGAAUAUGACACAGAUGCAAGACGAUCAAGGAAUCGAAAUGACUUUGCUUGAAAGAUCUUCCAUGAGGAACACGCAAGUUGCUAAUGAUUCGGGUAUGGUACUAAGAGAUUUAUUCGAUUCAGGAGCCAACAACACAGGAUCAUUACUUGUACAACUACAACAACCAUUCGAGGAACCAUCUUCGUUUUAUCAUCUUAGUAACGACUCAUUGGCAAGAGAGGAAGUGGACAUGGAAACUGGCGAAGAGUUUAUGUGUUUGAACGCUGGGGAGGGAAACUUUCAACGCAUCUCUGAAACUGCCUCUCCGAAAACAUCGAAUUCAUUCUCUUCAUGGAACCUUGGUAUUCCCCUGGUGCAGAAGGAAGAUGAGACUGAUUUCUUAUCUGAAACUUCGAAAAGCACUAAUGAUGCAGAGGAUAUCGGUACCAUGGAAGACAACCCAAUGGAAGAUGUUCAUGAGGAAGAAACGGGCGAGAGUCCUCCAAGAGAGACCGUCUCUUUAUUAUCUUCAACCAUGGGUUCUAACACUGACCAAAACACUCAGAAUGAAGAGCUCGUUUCUACACACGUUGAGCUUGUUGUUCCAUCGAGUCAAGUUGACAAAGACGAGGAGAAGACGUUGGAGCAUGAUCUUGAAAUUGGGAACAAGAAGUGUGAAGACGUUGGAGAUGAUCUUGAAAUUGGGAACAAGAAGAGUGAAGACGUUGGAGAUGAUUGUGAUCAGAAGGAGCCAAUGGAGGAAGAAGAUGAGAACCGAGCCGCAAAACGGCCAAGGCUAUCAUCUUCCACAUGUGUAGUUGAGAAGAUUUAGAGCAUGUGAUAUGUAUAACGGGUCUUGUGUUGGUUCAUGGAUGGUUUAGGAAGUGUUUAUAACGUUUUAGGAGGGUUUAAAAAGAGAAAGGAAAGAAAAAUGUCUUUCAUCGUUUUUUAUGUAAAACUUCGAAGCGUUAACUUAGGGUUGAUGAAUAUAGAGUUCAUUUUGUGGUUCUUCUGAGUAAUAUUUAUAGUCUAAUUUUGUGGCCCAGGCUGAUACCCCAUGUGUUUUGAAAACCAAACGAUAAGACGUAGUAUGUAAGUAAUAAGAUUUAAUUAGAAGCU